GCCCAAGGGGCGGAUCCUUGUCCCUGAUGGAGCUUGGGGGUCCCGAGGAGUAGAACCUGGAAAUCGCAGGAGGACGCUGUGACUGAGAUCUGACAUUGCACCAGGCCAUCCCCAUAGGAGGCCGAGGCAGGAGGAUCGCGGGUUGGAGGCCAGCCUCUAGUGAGGCCCUCAGCAACUCAGCGAGACCCUGUGUCUAAAUGAAAUACGAAAAAGGGCUGCGAUGGGGCUCAGGGGUUAAGCGCUCUGGGUUCCAUCCCUGGUAACAGAAAAAGAUCUGAUAUUUCAUGUAUAAACCUUCUCCUUAUGUUUUGUAGUUAAAGGUGGCGAGAGGGAGGCCGAGCUGAAGAAUGUGUGGGCGCACGUCCUGUCACUUACCUAGAGAUGUCCUCACCAGAGCUUGUGCCUAUCACGAUCGACAGGGCCAGCAGCGACUCCCAGAGUGGAGAGACCCCGAGAAGUACUACCCCUCUUACAACAAGAGCCCCCAGUCCAGCAGCCCCGUGCUGCUGUCUCGGCUGCACUUGGAGAAGGGCGCAGACUCAUCAGAGCGGGUCAUUGCCCCCAUGCGAUGGGGCCUGGUCCCAUGUUGGUUCAAAGAAGCCGAUCUUUCCAAGAUGCCCUUCAACAUCACCAACUGUCGCAGCGACACCAUCUUGGAGAAACGGUCUUUCAAGGCAGAAGACGCCACCGGGGCUGUGGAUAGCGCUGAGACCUGGGGAAAAGCUUGGGACAAUUGGAGGCUGCUCACCAUGGCGGGCAUCUUUGACUGCUGGGAGCCCCCAGAAGGGGGCGACCCCCUGUACUCCUACACCAUCAUCACCGUGGACUCCUGCAAAAGCCUCACCGACAUCCACCCCAGGAUGCCCGCCAUCUUGGAUGGAGAGGAGGCUGUGUCCAAGUGGCUCGACUUUGGGGAGGUGUCCACCCAGGAAGCCCUGAAGCUGAUCCACCCCACAGAGAACAUCACCUUCCACCCCGUCUCCUCCGUGGUGAACAACUCCCGCAACGACAUGCCCGAGUGUGUCACGCCUCUCAGCCUCGUGGUCAGAAAGGAACCCAAGGCAAGUGGCAGCAGCCAGAUGAUGAUGCAGUGGCUGGCCACCAAGUCCCCCAAAAAGGAGGAACCCAGGUCACCCCAAAAGGACAAGUCCGAUGUUCCGCAGUGGACCAGCCAGUUCCUGCAGAGGAGUCCACCCCCCGCCAAGAGAGCGGCCCCCGGC